CCUUUAACUUGUGGAUGUUGGGUAUUUUGUUUCAGCAAUGAGGAAACUAACAAAGACACAUACUGUCUCUCAAGAUUCCAAAAUGGGGCUGGGGAUACAGCUUAGCGGCACAACACCUGCCUGGCAAGUGCGAGGUCCUGAGUUCAAUUCCCAGUUCAAGAAAAAAGAAAAGAUUCCAAAGUGAGCUGUACUCUGUCUUACAGCCAUUCAUCCAGUAAUCCACACAAGAAAGAUUUGCUGGAGACCAUUAUGUCCCAGAUACUAAACUGGUAUUGAGAUGCAAGGGCUGUGCCUUUACUCAGGCCACAGAGAUUGGAUUGUUUGUGGCUUGAGAACAUCAAGCACAGUUCAUUAUACCUUAUUUUAUUUUUUUGCUCUGUACAAGUUCUGAGAUUUGUUUCUUUCCAGGAAGCAAUUAGGGUAUGAGGAGCCUCUGACUAAGUAGCAAAUGACAGGAAAUGUGCCCUGGUUCCAUCUUGUCUUACACUCUAUAUUCUGAGCCAGGCAAGAGUUAAAGGGUUUGAUGACAGAUAAGCACCUACAAAAAGCAAGUCAGUCCAGUGCCUCUGUCGUUAGAAAGCUAUCUCUCCCUCCCUGUGUGCUCCCCAGUCCUGCCUACCUGCCUCUGACGCAGGGAGCCAAGGGUCUGAUUGAAACUUGUUGAAGGCUCCAAUUAAAUCUGUGUGGACAAAGGGCACACACACACACACAGCAUCCUAAGAUAACAUGUGGCAAUAAAUCCUUCAGCACAUCCACAUUCAGAGAACAGAGAACAGAGAAUAGAGUCCCUGCUGCCUGGUGAGCAGAACGGCUGCCGAUAACUCACUAGGUGCCUCACACCAAGAUGGGCUGCAAGCAGUGAGUAUCACUCGCUGGGCAGACUUGCUCUCCAUCUCUGUAAAGGUACCAGCCUUUACCUGGAGGAGUACCUACUCCAGGCUCGCCAUGCUCCAGGAGGUCCUGGAUGUGCCUCGGCGGGUGCUGAAGGAAGGGAGAGAGUCCCGGCAGCUGGUAUUGGUGGUGGUGUUUGUAGCUUUGCUCCUGGACAAUAUGCUACUUACUGUGGUGGUGCCCAUUGUGCCCACCUUCCUGUAUGCCACAGAGUUCAAAGAAAGCAACUCUUCUCUGCACACUGGCUAUUUCCUAAGUUCCCUGCAAGCUCCCACCUCUCCUGCCUUCUCUGCCAUCUUCUCGUUUUUUGACAACACCACCAUCAUUGUGGAAGAAAGUGUUCCCAGGAGCACAGUAUGGCCCAAUGGCUCUUUUGGCACCAUCCCGCCUCCAGUCACAGAAGCCAGCUCAGCACAUAAAAACAACUGCUUACAAGACACAGAAUUCUUGGAGGAGGAGAACUUUCGGGUUGGAAUUCUGUUUGCUUCAAAGGCUCUGAUGCAACUUCUGGUAAACCCAUUCGUGGGACCUCUCACCAACAGGGUUGGAUAUCACAUUCCCAUGUUUGCUGGCUUUGUGAUCAUGUUCCUCUCCACCAUUAUGUUUGCUUUUUCUGGCACCUAUACCCUGCUAUUUGUGGCCCGAACCCUCCAAGGCAUUGGAUCUUCAUUUUCCUCUGUUGCAGGUCUUGGAAUGCUGGCCAGUGUCUACACCGAUGACUACGAGAGAGGCAAAGUCAUGGGAAUCGCUUUGGGUGGCCUGGCUUUGGGAGUGCUGGUGGGAGCUCCCUUUGGAAGUGUGAUGUAUGAAUUUGUUGGAAAGUCUGCUCCCUUUCUCAUCCUGGCCUUCCUGGCACUACUGGAUGGAGCACUCCAGCUCUGCAUCCUGCAGCCUUCCAAAAUCUCUCCUGAGAGUGCCAAGGGGACCCCACUCCUAAUGCUUCUCAAAGACCCUUAUAUCUUGGUGGCUGCAGGUUCCAUCUGCUUUGCCAACAUGGGAGUGGCCAUCCUGGAACCCACCCUGCCCAUCUGGAUGAUGCAGACCAUGUGCUCCCCUGAGUGGCAGCUAGGUCUUGCUUUUUUGCCUGCCAGUGUGUCCUACCUCAUCGGCACCAACCUCUUUGGUGUGCUGGCCAACAAGAUGGGUCGGUGGCUGUGCUCCCUGGUUGGGAUGGUAGUCGUUGGUAUCAGCUUGCUCUGCGUUCCUCUGGCUCGCAGUAUUUUUGGUCUCAUCGGCCCCAAUGCUGGCCUUGGCUUUGCCAUAGGCAUGGUGGAUUCCUCUCUGAUGCCCAUCAUGGGACACCUGGUAGAUCUGCGCCACACCUCGGUGUACGGGAGUGUCUACGCUAUUGCCGAUGUGGCUUUUUGUGUGGGCUUUGCUAUAGGCCCAUCCACCGGGGGUGCCGUUGUGCGGGCUAUUGGUUUUCCCUGGCUCAUGGUCAUCAUUGGGGUGGUUAACAUCACCUAUGCUCCACUCUGCUACUUCCUGCGAAACCCCCCAGCCAAUGAGGAGAAGCUUGCUAUUCUGAGUCAGGACUGCCCCAUGGAGACCCGGGCGUAUGUGACCCAGAAGCCCACAAAGGAAUUUCCCCUCGGGGAGAACAGUGAUGAGGAUCCUGACAGUGAGGAGUAGCAUCCUGAAGGUGACCCCUGAGCCUGGUCUCAGGUGAACCCAUGAGGCUUGAACUUCAGGGGCCACCUCCUCCCUGGCACUGGAUCAUGAUGAGCUGCUCAAUGGCUCCACUUUGCUGUCUAGGGUAUCUCUUUCCUCCCUUCCCAUAGGGGCUGUGCCCCGAACUCUGCUCACCUGAGUAACCCUUAGAUCUCCCUCAAAGCUUCUCUCCUAGGAAGAGAGUGAUGCCUCCUCUCCGGAGGCUCUCAGUCUGAUUAAACUUGAGCUGUGACGGGUUCUGCAA